AUGUCUGGAGGCUGGAACACCAUCGAGUCCGACGCGGGUGUCUUCACCUACCUGCUGCAGAACCUCGGCACCAAAGACGUGCAGUUUGAGGAGCUGAUUGCCCUCGACUCCGACUACCUACGCCAGCUCAGCCCCGUCUACGGCGUCAUCUUCCUCUUCAAAUAUCCCACUGACGAGAAGCCCUCGGCUACGCCCCGCGAUGGCACCUUCGACCACGAGGCCGCCGAAAACAUCUUCUUCGCCGCCCAGACCAUCCAGAACGCUUGCGGCACCCAAGCCCUGCUGUCGGUGCUGCUGAACAAGGACGGCGAGAUAGACAUCGGCCCGCAGCUGCGCGAGUUCAAGGACUUCACCACCGCCUUCCCUUCCGACCUCCGCGGCGAAGCCCUCUCCAACUCGGACCUGAUCCGCGAAACGCACAACUCGUUCGCGCGCUCCUCGCCCUUCGUCGACGAGACGCAGCGCGCCGCGACGGGCGACGACGACGUCUACCACUUCGUCGCCUACACGCCCGUCAACGGCGUGCUCUACGAGCUCGACGGCCUGCAGCCCGCCCCCAUCUCGCACGGCCCCUGCUCCGCCGACGAGUUCCCCGACAAGGUCAUCCCCGUCCUCCAGCGCCGCAUCGAGCGCUACCCGCAGACCGAGAUCCGCUUCAAUUUGCUGGCCAUGGUGCGCGACCUGCGCAUCCGCGCGCGCGAGAUUGGCGACACCGAGUGGCUGCAGCGCGAGCAGCAAAAGCGCCAGGGCUGGAUGUGGGAGAAUUCGCUGCGUAGGCAUAACUUUGUGGGUUUCGUGGGAGAGUUGGUCAAGGGUGUGACCAAGGCGAAGGUGCAGGAGGGCAAGUACGACCAGUGGGUCGAUGAGGCGAAGGCAAAGACGAGGCAGCGUGUCGCGGACCGCGCGAAGAAGGGCGUUGCUGCCGAUGAGAUGGAUGUUUAG